CUUAAACUCGCCCCUGUCCUCCGUUCCCUCACUGACUUGUUCUCUGUGCCUCUUUGAGAAGAAGGAUGUGGAGUGGUUUGUGCAUGUGGCAUUUGGGGCUUCUGUUUUUGGGGUUAGGAUGGGUGCAUGGACAAAGCCAGACCAACUUCACAAGGCCUGUAUUCCUGUGUGGUGGUCAUUUGACGACAGACUCCGGGUUUGUGGCUAGUGAGGGUUUCCCCUCUCACUACAAACCAAACUCCAGAUGCACCUGGUACAUCACAGUUCCAGAAGGUCAUGUUGUGAUGCUCCAGUUCAGGAUCUUUGAUCUUGAGGCGGAUCCCACCUGCCGCUACGACUACGUGGAUGUCUAUAAUGGACACUCGUACACAGUGCAGAAACUGGGCCGCUUCUGUGGGACGUUCCGACCCGGAGCCCUCAUCUCCACCUCCAACACCAUGAUGCUGGAGAUGGCGUCUGAUGAAAGCACAGGAGGAAGAGGAUUUCUGGUUUAUUUCAGUGGGGGGAAACCACAUGUCGAUGAGAACCAGUUCUGUGGUGGCAGACUGACGAAGCCUCAAGGUUCAUUGAAGACACCGAACUGGCCAGAAUCCGAUUACCCAGCAGGCAUCAGCUGUUCUUGGCACAUUUCUGUGGAGCCCAACAUGGUGAUUGAGGUUAAGUUUGAGAAGCUGGACUUGGAAUUAGACACAUACUGUCGUUAUGACUACGUGGCCCUGUUCAACGGGGGCGAGACCGAUGACUCUCGACGUAUUGGCAAAUUCUGCGGAGACAUGGUUCCAGAUGCGGUUGUGACCAAUGGAAAUGAGCUGCUGGUGCACUUUGUAUCAGACCUGAGUGUGACAGCUUCAGGAUUUCUGGCUCACUACCAGAGUAUUCCCCGCGGCUCCCGCACAGCCACGGCUACCCUGGACACAGUACACGGGGCAAGAGUCGGCACUUCACCUACCAAACCCACGACUCCACCAGCAAGACCUAAGCCUAAAAUUAAGCCCACACCAAAAGCUCCCUCAAGACAACCUAAACCUGUACAACCCAGACCAACUCCUAAACAGAGAUCAAAACCUGCACCCAAGCCCAAACCAGUCAGACCUACUCCCCCAACACGUUCCGGUGCAAGAAUCACACCAAAACCUGCUGUAAAAGUACCAGCAAAACCUACAAAGAGGCCUACACUUAAACCCACAGUCAGACCUCAACCGAAACCAACAAGUACUACAGCAAAGCCAAAAGUAAAGCCUGGUGUCAAACCAACAGCAAAGCCAAAAACCAGUCGUAUUUCUAAACCUGGGAACAAAACAACAACAAAAGCAGCCUCGGUAGCCAACCCACUGUGUUCCCUACCAUGCAAGAGAAUAGGCACUUUCAUGACCCGCUUCUGCCCCAGUCAUUUUGUGUUGACCGGUAAAGUGACAUCAAUUACUCCAGGGUCUCAAGGAAGUGCUGAAGUCGAGGUGUCCAUCAUUAAGGUGUAUAAGGCAGGUAGACUCCAGUUCAGAAAGAGAGGACCCACCACAUCUGCCACACUGACAGCAACAUGCAUGAAGUGUCCUGCACUGCGUAAAGGAGUGAACUAUGUGCUGAUGGGCCAGGUGAAUGACGGAGGCCUUGGCAUUCUGAAACCAUCCAGCUUUGCUCUUCAGCACAAGUCAGUGCAUGACAAAGCACUGGCCAACCUCGCAAAGAAAACAUGUUGACCUCACAACCACCCUGACCAAUCACAGGCCGAAUACCACCCAGUCUGGUCUACUUUAAUCAGGCAGAGAAAGGUCAAGUCAAAUAAACUAAAUCCUCAAUUAUGAAUUGUAUCUUUUUAUAUAACUAGAGGGACAGUAUUUAAGUAAAUAUUCUAACGUUAAGAGAACAGAAGAUUCCGAAAUCUGUGGUAUGUAAUGCAUCACACCAGAACCUUUCAGCCAUAUUCAGGGUAUAAAGUACAGGGUGAUUUACCAUUUUAUGUUUAUUGUGUUUGUAUUAUUAGGUUAUAUUAGGUCUGUUUAAUGUAUUAUGCAAACAUUUUGAUAUGGCACAAUAUAUUCAUUAAAAAUGAUAAAGCUCCUUUAAUUAAAGAUGGAUGACAUGUGAAAUAUGAAUUUAUCAACCUUCAUCUUUUAAUCAGAAAUCAAAAUUAAAUUACUUUAACUACACAUAACCUUGAGCGUAUAUUUGCAUAAUAAUACUAAACCAUAACUGUUCAUCAUAUCUACAUUACCAUUCAAAAGUUUGGGGUUAUUAAUAUGUUAAUGUUUCUGAAAGAAGCCUCUUAUGCUCACCAAGGCUGCAUUUAUUUGAUCAAAAAAGACAGUAAAACCAGUAAAAUUGUGAAAUAUUACCAUUUAACAGAACUAGGCCUAUUUUCUAUUUUAAUAUAUUUAGAAUAUUUAUUGAGUAAUUUAUUCCUGCAAUUGCAAAGCUAUACUCCAGUCUUAUACGCUGAUUGGUCCUCAAGAAGCAUUUCUUCUCAAUAUCAGUGUUAAAAGAGUUGUGCGGAAUUUGUAAAAACCAUGAUGUAGGAUUCUUUGAUGAAUAGAAAGUUUAAAAAUAAUGUCACUUUUGAUCAAUUUAAUGCAUCCUUGCUGAAUAAAAGUAUUCAUUUCUAAUAAAAAUAAAUAAGAUCUUACUGAACCAUAACUUUGGAACGCAAAUGUUAAUUUAUUACACUACCACUGACUAACACUCUCUGUAAAAACAAUCAUGUCAUGACAUGUAUGUUUUGACAACAAGGUGGAAAGAGCCACAGAGGAUUUCCUCCUUGAACUAAGUGUUCCAGGCCAAUAGAAAACAAACAGCUAUAUGUCUCCAUCAAGUGGACACAUGUAGAAGGAGGUGCUGUGUUUAGUGUCUGCAGCGUGCUGGAAAAGAGCCAAAAAAAUAAAUAAAAGAGCCAAUGUAAAAUGUAUCCAUUAGUUAAUUUCCCUACAAUUCAUUUCAGGUGUCUGACCCACACUAUUAUCUAUCUGAAGAUCUGAGGUCAUUGCUGCAUAUCCAGCAUAUAUUUAUGUGUUUUAUGCUUUGUGUUUCACUUUGUGAAUCAUGAAGAUGGCCAUAAGACAGACAGACAUAGGUAGAGCGGGGGCAGGCUGUUUUGUGGCACAAGAGUCACAGCUGCUCCUGUUACUCAGCAUUAGUCAAUCACUCACACACACACACGCACACAAAUACACACGGAUAUGUAAACGCAAAUAUAGGCAAAUUUACACCUGCAGACGUGGAAAUGUGAACAUAACAUCCUUCUCUCAAAGGAUUUCUCAGCUUAACAUUUAACUCAAAGCGCUUAUCUGGUCCCUCUUUAUAUUAGGUGCCC